CUCACGAACAAUCAGUGGUUUUUUCAUUGGUUAUCCAGAAAAAUCUAAGGGGUAUCGAUUUUAUUGCCCUAACCAUAGUACGAGAAUUGUUGAAACUGGAAAUGCUAGGUUCAUUGAGAAUGGUGAAGUUAGUGGGAGCUUAGAGCCACGUAAUGUGGAAAUUCAAGAAGUUAGAGUGCAAAUAUCUUUACCUCUACCCUCUUCUCAAGUUGUUGCUCCUGCACAUGUUGAGCAUGAUAACGAUUUGCAGGAACAACAAAUGAACGGUCAAGCACCACCUAAUAUUUCUAUAGAGAAUGAACCUAACAUAGAUGAACCACAAGAAAUUGCAUUAAGAAGGUCUACAAGAAAUCGAAGGCCUGCAAUUUUUGAUGAUUAUGAGGUUUAUCUUCACGAGUUAGAAUCUGAUUUAAGACUCUAUCAUGAUCCAGUUUCAUUUUCACAAGCCAUGGAAAGUGCGCAUUCUAAUAAAUGGUUAGCUGCCGCGAAAGAAGAGAUGAAAUCAAUGUAUAAAAAUGAAGUUUGGGACCUUGUUGAUUUGCCUGAAGGUUGUAAAAGAGUUGGUAAUAUAUGAGUCUGGAAGACCAAACACGACUCUAAUGGCAAUAUCGAAAGACACAGGGCCAGACUUGUUGCUAAAGGUUUCACUCAGAAAAGUGGUGUUGACUAUAAAGAGACAUUUUCACCCGUCACUAAGAAAGACUCCUUAAGGAUUGUCAUGGCAAUGGUAGCUCAUUAUAAUCUAGAGCUCCAUCAGAUGGAUGUGAAGACCGCCUUUCUGAAUGGGAAUUCAGAUGAAGCAGUCUAUAUGGAUCAACCUGAAGGUUUUGUGGUUGAGGGAAAAGAACAUAUGGUGUGUAAAUUAAAGAAGUCAAUAUACGGACUUAAACAAGCUUCCCGACAAUGGUACAUUAAGUUCAAUGAUACCAUUACAUCUUUUGGAUUUAAGGAGAACAUUGUCGAUCGAUGCAUAUAUCUGAAGAUUAGUGGGAGUAAGUUUAUAAUUUUAGUUCUGUAUGUUGAUGAUAUCUUGCUUGCCACUAAUGAUCUUGGUUUAUUACAUCAAACCAAGGAGUUUCUCUCUAAGAACUUUGAAAUGAAGAAUUUGGGCGAGGCAUCCUAUGUGAUUGGAAUAUAAAUAUUUCGUGAUAGAUCACAAGGACUGUUGGGAUUGUCUUAGAAAUCAUACAUUAACCGGAUCCUAGAGAGAUACAACAUGGCUGAAUGCUCUGCAAAUGUCGUUCCAAUUCAGAAAGGAGAUAAAUUUAGUCUCAAACAAUGUCCAAAUAAUGAAUUGGAACGCAAGCAAAUGGAACACAUUCCUUAUGAAUCUAUUGUUGGAAGUUUGAAUUAUGCACAAACUUGUACCAGACCAGACAUCAGUUUUGCUGUCGGAAUGCUGGGCAGGUAUCAACGUAAUCCAGGAGUAGAUCACUGGAAAGCUGCAAAGAAGGUACUAAGGUAUCUGCAAGGAACAAAAGACCACAUGCUCACCUUCAGGAGAUCUGAUCACCUUGAGGUGAUUGGAUAUUCAGAUUCAGAUUAUGCUGGAUGUGUAGACACAAGGAAGUCUACUUUUGGCUAUUUGUUCCUUCUAGCCGGAGGGGAAAUUUCAUGGAAGAGUGCAAAGCAGCCUGUUAUUGUCACAUCCACUAUGGAAGCUGAAUUCAUAGCUUGUUAUGAAGCUACAAAUCAUGGUUUAUGGCUGCGGAAUUUUAUUUAUGGACUUGGAAUUGUCGACACUAUCGCCAAGCCGCUGAAAAUUUACUGUGAUAAUUCCGCAGCGGUAUUCUUCUCUAAGAAUGACAAGUAUUAGAAGGGUGCUAAGCAUAUGGAGGUGAAAUACUUUGUCGUUAAGGAAGAAGUUCAGAAACAAAGGGUGUCGAUCGAGCAUAUUAGCACACAGCUUAUGAUUGUUGAUAAAUUAACAAAAGGAUUGCCUCCUAAGACAUUUACUGAACAUGUCGAAAGGAUGGGGAUUAUAGGACGUCAUGACUAAAGUUAUUUUAUGUUUCAUGGAUUGACACUUUGAGCUCAUUUAUUUUGUUUCUGGAAUAAAGUUAUGAAUCUUAU